AUCGCCCCUUCCUGAGAGCUGCGGGCUGGCCGCGCCGCAGCCCUGAGUUGACAUUGUAUGAGCACAGAAGGCAGCAAUGGGGGUAUGCAGUUUUCUACUGAAGAGGUCUCUCAAGAGCUCAUGAUUUUUUUCCAUCUCUCCUCUUAACAUUCCUCCUGCUCCACAGACAUGGCUCACCAUGCGAGGCCUUCCAGAUCAGCCAAAAAAGAAGAGUUAGGCAAAAGGAAAACUAACCAGAGCAAAAAGAAAUCUAGCCAAGUGAGAAAGAAACCCACAAAGACUUCCACAAAAGCUGUUAGUUCUGGAAAAGGUAAAAAGCCAGUGCAAGAAAAAGAUGUUAAGAAAAAACAGCCAGAAAAGAAAUCAAUCAUGAGCUCUUCAGGUAGACUUCUCAGGAGCAGUGUAACCAGAACCUUGUCUGGAGCAUCUUGGGUGAGUUUGGAGAAAGCUGACAAUAUCCUUUUUCACAACCAGGAUUCUUUCAGCAUCAAUGGAUUUACAAUGUCUCUCCGUAACCGAUCCUUCUCCCAAAGAUUGUCCCAAACUCCAAUAACUGCAAAACCCAGGAAAACUACACCACAAAAAAGGCUAGAAACAAAAGAAAAACAUGAACAAGAAGCCCUGGCAGUAGUAGAAGAUAAAAACGAGGAAACAGAUGAAAUAGCUUUGAAACAAGAUUUAGCUCAAAAUGAGUUAGCUCUGCCUGUAGAAGGCUGUCUGUGUAGUGCAGGUGAAGAGCCUCUUAUCCCAUGUGCCAGUCAGGAUGAGGAGGUAGAAAUACCUGAAACAGAUGACUCCAUUCCCAACAGUCAGGGAGCUGCUGAUGGUACAGAAGCUUCAGAGGUGAAAUCUAAGCAUGAAGACCUGCCCUGUGAGCAGGUACCCAGUGAUCUUGGUACGGGUACUUUGGCUGAAGCAUUUGUUGAAGGUGCUGCACUGGUGCUUCCAUCUUUUCCUUCUGACUCUCUAAUUGCCUCUGAAUGCAACUCGAAGGUGCAUGCAGAGACCCCCUUCAAUGUGGUGCCUAACAGUACAGAACCUGACUCCAGCUCUGUUGAUACCUCAGACCUCAGCUCAGCAGUACUGAUAGAGUCAGUCACACUUGCCAAAUUCCACAUUGGAGCAGGGUUGGACAUGGUGCUACCUAGGGGACAACAAGAUGUGGAUUCUGCAUCUCUCGUUACCUCUGAGUUCAACUCACAAGAACAUUUAUUCGAAGAUGCAAGGUCACUUGCAGAUUCCUGCUUGAAGGCAGGCUGGGGUUUGGAAUCUGAGAAUAAAGACAUUGGUUCAAAUUCCAGUUCUGUAGCUGCCUCUGAAUCAAAUUUGCUUUUACAUUUUGAAGGUGCUAGCUCACUUGCAGAAUACCCCAUGAAACUGGUUGUGGAUUUUGUACCCAUUCACAAAGAACUUGAUUCAAAUUCAGAUUUGAGCUUCACAAAAGAGAAUUCAGAAUUUGACACAAAAAACAUAUUUACAGUAUGUGAACCGGUCUCCAAUACCUCUUUAAACAAUAUUGAAGUAGAGGACAUUGAACAGCUUGUUAAAUGUAUUGAUGCAGAGACAUUAAUUUUGAAUUCAGGGUAUGUCCCCGCUUUAUCUUCAGACUUAGAAAAAGGCACAGUUGAUAAAAUUUCAGCUGAAAGCCCUGGACAAUUCUCUGCAGGUUUUGUUUCAGAGUUGCCUUCAAGCCUGGAAAUCUCUGCUCUUGCCUCAGAAAAAGCCAUAAAUGCAGAUUUGCCAGCUGACUCAAGACUGCAGCAUAAUGAUUAUUCAUCACAGCUGGGAAGUGUCGGAGUAAGCUUGAAUUUGGUUCAGGACAACGUGAGCACCAGCACUGAAGCAGUUCAGGCCUCGGGGCUGUCCUCUCUUAAACAUCCAGCUGGUGAUUACCCUGUUCCAUAUUCAUCUCUGCUCCCUAUGCUGGAGAAAAAGAAACGAAGGCGUUGUGGAGUGUGUGAGCCCUGUCUGAGGAAAACAAAUUGUGAGGAAUGCAGCUGUUGCAGGAAGCGCAAAACCAGUCACCGGAUAUGUAAAAAGAGAAAAUGUGAAGAACUGAAAAAGCCACCACCACCAAUCAAGUUACCUUUUGAGGUUCUAACAGAAAACAAAAGGCCUCAGAGGAGGAAGCAAAGAGUUUUAAAGGCAAAUUUAGAAAACAAAGCAGUAAAUGGCUGCAGACCAGAACUCAUGGAAUGCAGUAUAUGUGGUCAUGGUGAAAAAUACAGGGUGAAGACAAGCCAAGCAGUGCCCAUAGAAAAUGUGCAGUCCAAGGAGAAGGAGAAAAUGACUGGCUUAGAAGCAGAGAAGUGGGCACACAACGAGAAGCCAUCCUUUGGUGUCCACGUCAACGGUGACAUCCACGGAGCUGUGCCAGGCACUGCACACUUGAAACCAGCUGACCACGCUGAAAGAGCAGCCUCUCCCAGCCACUUCACUGAGCCAAAAAAAUCCAUGGUGCACGCCAUCAAAAAUGGCAUAAAAACCCUGCAUUAUUCACCACCAGAUGCAGUUGCUUCACUGAAAAAUGAAUCUGCAGAGGAAAGGACAGAUUUGACAAGCAACUCCCACAUGCAAUGGCCGAAGGGGAGCAAUCUGAAUAACAUAAUAAGCACUCACACCAGUGGCCCUGGCUGUGUUCACCCAGAAAAGCAAGGGAAUGUUUUAAUGAAAGAGGAAAACUGCACCUGCAGCACCUCUGAGUAUUCUGAUAAGUCAGUUUUGCAGCCAGGUUCCAGCUUGGAUGUGCAAGAAAGCUUUUGUUGUCCUCAGCUGCCUGAAGAGGAGCUGCAGGCAGGGAAGGAUGGCUUCAGAGUACCAAAUGUGGAGACACAGCCUGAGAAUUCUGCACUCCAGCCCACUUUCUUGUCCCUGAUUAAAACCAGAAAUUUAACUCUGGAGCAGGUUGUAGCUAUUGAAGCUUUAACACAGUUGUCUGAAGCUCCCUUAGAAACAACUUCACCAGCUAAAACUGAAAGUACUGAAUGUACAGGAGAGACAACUUCCAACUCACUCCAUAGUUUUAAAAGGGAUAUCUCACCCUCCUUUACAUCCUCUGCAUUACAGGAAAUCAAAGACACUUACUUACAGAAUGAGCAACAGCUCUUGGCUCACUGUGCUCACUCCCAGAAGCAGCUCCCUAAUAAGGCAGUGUUAUACAAUGGCCAAAGUUCAGUGUCUGAAUUGUGUGAUAAACCUGCCAGUCCAGCUGAGGAGAUGCAGAAAUUACAGUUCUCCUCAAGAGAUACCAAAACUUUAUCUGACUUAACAUCUCAUGCAGCAUCGUGUUCAGGAUGUGAUCCCAGCAAAAGUUGUGCUCAUGAGCCAGUCACCCUCGCAGGGUAUUGCAGUGCUGCAUGUGAUGUCCAGCAAAUAAGGAACAACUUGGAAGCUCCUGGCCAGUUAGAGCAAAAGCCAACAUGUAAUGAUGUGAAAUUGGAAGGCAGUUCUUUGAUUAAAGAAGGAAUUCACAGCCAGGACGAAGAGGAUGUAGCUGCACAGCUAACUCAAUUAGCAGCACUGAUUGAAUCAAACCAGACAAAUCAAGAGCACAAGAACGAUAUAAAGGCAUCACUGCUUAAUCUAAUAUCACACGAGAGGCCACCAAAAUAUAACCAAGAUGUGUUGCAGAAAAAAGAAUCUGUAUUGUUUAGGCAUAAUUAUAAUUCCUUACUGUUAAAGCAAAAGCAGGCAACAAAUAAGAAAGGAAAUGGUGUGCCAUGGAAACCAAGACACAAAAAGAAGCCUCAAGAAGCACGCUAUCAACAAAAUAAUCAAAACCAGCUAGAGCUGUUGUCAUGCCAGCAUAGCGAAUUGCAGGACAUUUGGAUAUCAUCAAAACUGCACAAGCUUGGUCAAACCAUGCCACAGGACUCCAGGACAGCUCCAUCUGAAAAGAAAUCUCCAAGAACCAAAGUACAGAGGGCACUCAGUCAAAAUACUUUAGCAUCACAAGAAAAAACGAGAUUAUUUCUCCCACAAGCACAGAUAAAAUUCCACAGGUGUUUACCUGAGGCACCACAGGAGAAAAAAAAAGACAGGUUGUUUGGCUGUGAAGUGGUGAAUGAGCAAGUGAAAACUGCAGGCUCCAGUGACCCACUAGGCACUGAUCCACUGAAAAAUGAAGUUAUUGCACGUAGCCAGCACAGCGACCUGUCCUCCCGUAAUCCUCUGGCUGGUUCACAGCUGAAAACUGCAUCCUUGUUGAAAAGACCAACUGAAAACCUCCAGAUGUUUACAGAAAAAUGUAAUUCUCAGGUACAGCAAACAGCAAAUGUCAGUCAGGCACAUCCUUUGCCACCAACUUUUAAGCAGUCUAACCUGAGAGCUAACGAAAUGUGUAGUGAAAACAAAGGCUGUGUGCAGCAGGCCAAACAAGAGGUAGAUCCGAAGUCCCAGGUGCUGCCUGUUCCCUGUGCUGGGGCCCAGGUACCAGGUGCUGCUGAAGCUCUCAGGAAUGUGGAGUGUGUGGCUGAGGUGACCGCUCUGACAUCAACCAGUUUGGGUACUGACCACGCCCAGAGCACAGGCGACUCAGGGUGUUCCCCAGCAAAAAACACGCUCAGCAGUUUCCUUGAAUCACCCAUGAAGUUUCUUGAUACCCCUACAAAAAAUUUAAUAGACACACCUACCAAAAAAGGACAAUCUGAAUUGCCAACUUGUGACUGUGUUGAGCAAAUUAUAGAAAAAGAUGAAGGCCCCUAUUACACACACCUGGGGACAGGACCAAGUGUUGCUGCUGUGAGAGAAAUUAUGGAGAACAGGUAUGGAGCAAAAGGAAGUGCUGUAAGAAUAGAGGUGGUGGUUUAUACAGGAAAGGAAGGAAAAAGCUCUCAGGGGUGUCCAAUUGCCAAGUGGGUGAUCCGAAGAAGCAGCGAUGAGGAGAAGUUGCUGUGCUUGGUCCGUCAGCGCGCGGGGCACCACUGCCAGACAGCCGUGAUCGUGAUCCUGAUCCUGGCGUGGGAGGGGAUCCCACAUCUCCUGGCUGACACCCUGUACAAGGAGCUGACCCAGAGCCUGCGCAAGUACGGCUGUCCCACGGGGCGGCGCUGCGCCCUCAACGAAGAUCGUACUUGUGCAUGUCAAGGACUUGACCCAGAAACUUGUGGAGCAUCAUUCUCAUUUGGCUGUUCAUGGAGUAUGUAUUUCAAUGGCUGUAAGUUUGCCAGGAGCAAAAACCCCAGGAAAUUCAGGCUUCUCACUGAUGACCCUAAACAAGAGGAACUUCUUGAAAAUAAUUUGCAAACGUUAGCUACUGAUGUGGCUCCGGUUUAUAAGAAGCUUGCUCCAGAAGCUUUCCAGAACCAGGUGGAAAACGAGCACAUGGGCCCCGACUGCCGGCUGGGCUCCAAGGACGGGCGGCCCUUCUCCGGUGUCACUGCGUGCAUCGACUUCUGUGCCCACGCCCACAAGGACACACACAACAUGCACAAUGGCAGCACUGUGGUCUGUACCUUAACGAAGGAAGAUAACCGGAGAGUGGGGGUGAUUCCAAGUGAUGAACAGCUCCAUGUGCUGCCUCUGUACAAAAUCUCACAAACUGAUGAGUUUGGCACUGAAGAGGGCCUGGAAGCCAAGAUAAAAGCCGGAGCCAUACAGGUGCUCACAGCGUUCCCCAGAGAAGUGCGAAUGUUGGCUGAGCCUCUCAGAGCUACCAAGAAAAAGAAACCAGACACAAGGAGGACCCCGAGUGAAAAGCAGCCAUUAAUAGAUAAAAAAUACCCAACACCAGUAAAACUGAAAACUGAAGCCCCAGAAAAUCUUGGUAACACUUUGCAUUGUUUAGGGAACAAAUCAGAUGCUUUAAAACCUGGAAUAAAAAUGGAGAGUUCCAACCACGUUUAUGCCAUGAAACAUACUUCAAACACUACUAAAAAUUGCUCUUUGCUCAAACAGUACACGGCUUCCUCCCCCUUUAAGGUGGAUAGUUUACAUCCAUAUCCAUCUCUCACACAUAAGUCUGGCCUAACUGCAGUGACUAAUAUUCAACAAGAUUUUUCAGUUCCCUACGGGUAUUUUGAAUGCAGUACCAAGCAACCUCACGUGACACCUUAUGUUAAUUGCAAGAGCUUUGAUGUGUCAGUCAAAGAUUAUACUGGAAUUCUGCUGAACGAGAAGGUGAAUGGCGUGCCACCCAUUCUUCCCGAGGUCACUGCUCCAGGCCCCCCAGCCCACAAAGAGCCCCUGCCCACUAUACUUGAACACCAGCCAGACAAACAGAAUUGUCAGCUUCAGCUGGACAGCUCUCCCUCCUCAGAGAUGAUCAGCUCCUGUGACCCGUCGGUACCGCUGAGCUCUUCGGCAAAGGAUGCUGCCGGAACCGAUCCCAACUGUUCCCAUGGAUGCCCUGUGGAAAAGGGCAGCUCCCAUCGAGGACAGCUCUGUGACUUUGACUGCGUUGAGGAAAAGCAAAACAGUGCACUGGGACAACAGGCUGAUUCUGAAGAAAAGGCUGAGGAAUUGUGGUCAGACAGCGAGCACAAUUUUUUGGAUGAUGACAUUGGUGGGGUUGCUGUGGCACCUUCUCACGGUUCUAUCUUAAUCGAAUGUGCGAGGCGUGAACUCCACGCUACCACACCAAUUAAAAAACCCAACCGCAAUCAUCCCACGAGAAUUUCUUUAGUUUUUUACCAGCACAAAAAUUUAAAUGAGCCAAAACAUGGUUUAGCCAUGUGGGAAGCGAAGAUGGCCGAGAGGGCGAGAGAAAAAGAAAAAGAAGCGGAACGACUGGGAACGGAGAAUCCUGAACUGAACUCGAGCAACAGGAAAGCAAAGCCAGCGAGUGAAAACAGAGAUAUUUUUUACGAAGACAACGAGUUCAACCAAAUUCCAUCCCGCAGAGCAUUAACAGUGACCAAGGAUAACGUAAUCACCGUAUCUUCGUACGCCCUGACACGAGUGGCAGGGCCCUACAACCAUUGGGCGUAGGUGUGGCGUGGUGGGCCCCUCCUGGUGCAGUUACAGCUUUCUUUAAGGUGCUCUUAAAGAACAAGUCUCGUGUCGUUUACUAUUUGCUCAUCUCAACCAUUUUAAGGCUGAGGUAAAAACAAAAAAAGGGGGGGGGGAUUUCUUCUUAAACUGUGACUUUAACAUUUGGUGGUGCUCAAGCACAUUUUAAGCAAAAAAAAAAAAAAGUUGUAUAGUUUUAAUACAUUCUAAAAAAAGAUGUUGUUUAGGUUAUUAACCUUGAUUGAAUCAUUCAGUUUAUUACCUUUAGGAAUUUAUAUUUUGGUGCUUUAAAUCGUCUGUUUACUACAAAAAUCAUUUAUAGGUAUUUUAACAGGUUCACAUUUUAUGGUGUUAAAUCAAGUUAUACA